AUGAUGGAGGUGAUGCUGUGGAGGUGGGGGAGGAGAGUGGUUGUGAGGAGGAGUGUGAUCGAUGUGAGGGAUUGUCGUGUGGAAGGAGGUGAAGAGGAGGUAUCCCAGGUGCGGGUAGAGAGUGUGGGGGAGCUGCCAGGGCUUAUGGGCAGGUCGUCUACAGAUACUUGUUGGCUCGGGAUUAUGGCUGAACGCAGGGGGGUCAGACGUUGGGUGGAGAUGAGGUCGUGUACUGCAGGGGGUCACAGGUGUGGGAGGGGCGUUGAUACUGCAGGGGGGAUUCCAGGAAUAUGGGGGGAGCGGUGGUGGCGAGUCGUUAGUAUACGAACCGAAGCGGAGGUCUUCGACCGCGGGAUUGGGCGCGAGGUGGUAGGGAACUUGGAUCAGUCCCGGUGGGACGGGCUUGGCGUGGGAUGCUGGGUUUGCCUCUGGAGCAUGUUAUCAGCCGUUCUGUAUCAGUACUCGCAUGUUUAG